AUGGAUGGUCCCGUUAACAACAUUAUGCCAUCAAGAAAACCUAUCAAUGAAGAGGAUGAGUACAGACACAUCCAGUCAGAAGAUGAGAUGGGAACAUUCUCAGAAGAAGAGGAUUAUCUGAGUGCAGGGAUUGGGGAAGAGCAUCAUUGUGAACUCCUGAUUGCAGCUGUGAAUGCCAUCUCUUCCCAUAACAACCAUCUUGACUACUUCAGAAUGCAGCUAUCGAUAAACCAGGUUGCUUCCAACAGUAAUAACAUAAUUUGGAUCUUCUGGGAUCAGGAGUUCACUGGUACUCUCUUGGACCAAGAUGAACAACAGAUGGAUAUUGAACUGAAGCAUGUAGAAGCUGGAGAUAUCUUUUAUAUAUCAAUAAUCGAUGCAAAAUGUAAACUUUCUAUGAGAAUUCCUCUAUGGGAGAAUUUGAAACUCAAAUCUACUACUUCCACGGUAUGUUGGUGUGUGAUUGGAGAUUUUAAUGUCAUUACUUUCAUGGGUGAGAAGAUUGGAGGGAUACCAUACCAGAUGAAGAAAAGCAUUGACUUCAUCAACAUGAUUGAAGAAUGUGUCUUGAUUGAUUUGGGGUUUUAUGGCCCAAGAUACACAUGGUCUAAUGGAAUAGGCCCUGGUUCUAUAGUGUGGAAAAGACCGGACAUGGGGAUGGCUAAUGAUAACUGGAUAAUCUCCUUCCCCGAUACAACUAUCACACAAUUGGCUUCUGCAGGCUUUGGCCAUUCACCUCUCCUAAUGGAAAUGCAUGUGAUACAAGACAAUGUUAGGAAAUACUUCAGGUUUCUCAAGUGUUGGACAACAAUAUGGGGACAUCUUUCAGAAACCAAGGAGUAUGAACAGAAGAUUAAUAUAGAAGAGGAGAAAUGGGUUACUACCAAUGAUCGAUCUGACAUGACUGCCUUACAUGAACUUCAAGCUCACCUAAUCAAAGGUAGAAAAAGAAAAAAUUUCAUCCACAAAAUUAAGGAUGCAGAAGGGGAUUGGAUUCAGGGUGAUGAGGCUAUUGGAGAAGCUGUUUGUGAUUAUUUUGAAGAGCUCUUCACUAUGCCUGGAGGGCACAUUAGAGAGGAUCUUCUCAACUGUAUACCAAUCAUGAUCACUAAUGAAGACAAUAUUGAACUAUCCAGAGAUCCUGACAUGAAAGAAUUUAAACGAGUUGUAUUUUCCAUGUGCCCAUCCAGUGCUGCAGGUCUAGAUGUGAUGAAUGGCAAAUUCUUCCAAUCCUGUUGGGAGGUGAUUAAGGAUGAUCUGCUAAAGGUGGUGCUUGCUUUGUUUUUGGAGGAAGAUGCCUAG